CAUUGUGCACGUUGUAAACACGUGCGUUUCUCACUGACUUCUGUGGUGGGAGGCACGUGUAAGAGUGCCAUGAAUUUCAUCAAUUAGUGAUUGUUUGUGAACUGAAAGCAUGGAAGAAGAUUUUCAAUUCGAUGUCGUUCGUGCCACGGAGCUAUUCUGUCAACAAGUACCUCAACAUGCGAAAGAGCUGAAACAGUACUUGACAAGGCACGGACCACUUCUCGAAGCGCUCAGCCACCUUCUAGUCUCGGGCAACCAGAAGUCUCGGGAGGCCCUGUGUCGUCUGUUUCGACCGCUCCUACCAGAAUUUUUAAGCCGCCUGUCCCAAGGCGGAAACCAGCGCCACCUCUGUCUCGCUCUUGGCGACCUCCUGUCCAGGUAUCCCGAAGUAUCGCAGUUUGCAGAGCUUUACCUGGAAGGUCAGUGCCUGUUACAAGGCCAUGACAGUCCACCAAGAAAGAAAGCUCGUGGAGGGGACACGCCUGAACGUGCAGCGCUGCGCUGCAGCCUGCAGCUGCUGCAGCGCCUCCCCCAGGUGGUCACCCGCUGGGACUGGGGUGCUCUGGCACAUUUCCUAGGUUCAGGAGGGCUGGAGCGGCGUUGGUUCGCUUGUCAGUGCUAUAGUCUGUUAGUCGGAAUGGACGACCAGCAGAGGCAUCAGCUCUUGUACAAGUUUAUCGGCCCGAAAGAAAUCUCAAACUUGGACUUGCGAUUGGCUAUCGAUGUUACGAUAGAUGGUCCCCAAGCCAGCAGCGCGUUGAGUUCAACGAAAGCUGUGCUGUCAUCGUCGGACCUCAGUGCUAAAGUAGAGUGCAUUGCGGGCAUCCUCCUCCCAGUUGCCACGGACGAUUCCACGGAACCCGCUGCAUCAUGCAACGCAGACCGCGUACCUAUAGCGUCUGGACAGCGCUCUCUGCGCCUGUUAGCAGAAUGGGUUGCCCAGGGUGGCCAGAGCGGAGGUGCCCUCUUGACGGGCCCUGUUGGAUGUGGCAAGACUUGGCUCGUGGAACACCUCGCGGCACGGACGGGACAUCGCCUGCUGACGGUGCAACUGGGUGAUCAGACAGACUCUCACACGCUCUUGGGUGGAUACGUCUGCAGUCAGCUGCCCGGCAAGUUCAUCUGGAAUGAUGGACCACUGGCAAGGGCACUCAAGAAUGGCUAUUGGCUUCUACUAGAGGACCUAGACCUAGCACCUGGAGACGUGUCUGGGCUGCUGGUUCCCGUUCUGCGAGGCGGUGCUCCUGCAGGACUGCCGAGGGCUCCAGGGUUCCGUAUAUUUGCCACUUUGCGGUGGCCGCCUACAGCUGGUUCUGCAGGAGGCAUAGGGCAACCUCAGCACCACAAGGAACUUCCGACCGAGAGGUUGUGGAGGACCGUGGUCGUGGAACACCCGCCAAAGGAAGAGCUGCGACAGAUAAUGGUGAGCCGAUGGCCCGUGCUGAAACCACUGGCCGACCGCAUCCUGGACCUGUUCACCAUUUUGCGUAAUGACAGCCCCGCCAUCAAGAGAGCACUCUCGCUCAGGGACCUGUGCCGGCUCUGCUCCCGUAUGUCUCGCAACUUCUCGCUGGAGUCUCGCGAGCUGGCAUUGGGAGCCUUUCAGGACGCCUUAGACUGCUUCUGUCAAAGCGUGCGCGACGUGGAAGCUCGGCUCUCCCUGGCAGCCACGGUGGGAGCCAGGUUCCAGUUGACCAAAGCACAGGCACAGCACUAUUGCAGUGGACACAAGCCAGCUGUCACAGAGACCGAGACAACCGUCGUCAUCGGAAGGGCCACGCUCCCACGUAGCACUCUGCAGUCGAGGGGAAGCGCACCCGUAUUUGCUCACACGCACCAGUCUCUGACGUUACUGGAGCGCAUAGCCGUGGCCGUCACCUGCGCGGAACCCGUGCUCCUGGUCGGAGAGACCGGCAUCGGAAAGACCGCCGCCGUCCAGUACCUUGCACACCUGACUGGCCGCGAGUUGAGCGUCGUGAACCUGAGCCAGGCGAGCGACAGCGUGGACCUCGUGGGGGGUUUCAAGCCCCUCGAGCUGAAGCUGGUGCUGGCGCCCCUCAGAGAGGACUUCGAGCGGCUCUUUUCCUCGACCUUCUCGCAGUCGCACAACGCAAAGUUUCUGGGCCACAUAACGGCAUGCUUCCUUCAGAGACGCUGGCAGGACCUGUUUGGGUUGAUGCUGCACACGCAGCAGUCUGCGCUGAAGAGGCUCAAAUCACAAAAAGAACGGUCAGCAGAGAACGUCAAGGAACUGCGGGAACGCUGGUUGCUCUUGGGCCGCCAGCUGCGCCAGCUGCAAGCACAGCAUGCUGAAGACAACAGCCUUGCCUUUGCUUUUGUCCAGGGGACGCUGGUGCGAGCCCUGGAGUCGGGCACGUGGAUCCUCCUGGAUGAAGUGAACCUAGCCGAGGUGGAGACCCUGGAGUGUCUCAAUGCCCUCCUGGAAGGGGGCUCUUUAGUCCUGUUUGAAAAGGGGGAGCAACGUCCCGUUCGGCGACACAAAGACUUUCGCCUCUUUGCGUGCAUGAAUCCCGCGACAGACGUCGGCAAGCGGGACCUGCCAGUGGGUGUACGAAACAGGUUCACAGAACUGUACCUGGAAGAACCCCUGGAGUCGUCCGACCUGGAACUGGUGGUGCGUGCCUACGUGGGUGGCCUGGCACGUCCGAGACAAGCUGUGGACUUGUACCUUGAGCUGCGCAAGCUUGCAGAGACAACCCUCAGCGAUGGGACAGGAAGGAGACCCCACUACAGCUUACGUACGCUCUGUCGUGCUCUGCAGCAUGCUGCCAGUGAUCCAUGUCAGAACCUACAGCGCUCCCUUUAUGAGGGAUUCUGCCUCAGUUUCUUGACUGCCCUGAAUCGAGAGUCCCACCCCAUGGUAGAGACAUUGAUUGGGGAGCGACUGCUGAGAAAAAAGGCUCGUCCCGCUCCACCUCCCGCGCCACCGCCUUCAUGCCCCCGCUCGGUUCUCCUGGAGGGAUAUUGGGUUGGACUGGGGCCUCUGGAGCCGCACGAGCUCCCCGGCUACGUACUGACGCCGACAGUCUGCAGGAACCUGCGAGAUCUCGCCCGAGCAGUGGCAUGUGGCCGCCACCCGGUGCUGCUUCAAGGAGAAACCUCUGCGGGUAAGACGAGCCUGGUGCAGUGGCUCGCGGCACGGACGGGCCACAUCUGCGUAAGAGUCAACAACCAUGAGCACACGGACUUACAGGAAUACGUGGGCACGUACGGAACUGACCCUGAAGAUGGAAGGCUGGUCUUCAAGGAAGGUGUCCUGGUGGAAGCCAUGCGGAAAGGUCAUUGGAUAAUUUUGGAUGAACUGAACUUGGCCUGUUCAGAAAUAUUGGAAGCCCUCAACAGGGUUCUUGACGACAACAGAGAACUGUUUGUGGCAGAAACCCAGCAAACAGUAAAGGCUCAUCCAGGCUUCAUGCUGUUUGCAACUCAGAACCCUCCAGGUCACUAUGGAGGCAGAAAGGUGCUGUCUCGAGCAUUCCGUAACAGGUUCCUGGAGUUGCACUUCGAAGAACUGCCCCCCAAAGAACUGGAAGACAUCCUCCAUGAGCGCUGUGCACUUCCUCCAUCUUACAGCAAGAAGCUUGUCGCUGUCUUGCUGGAACUGCAGGUGCGUCGCAGGGAGAGCGGAGUGUUUGCAGGCAAACGAGGGUACAUGACCCUGCGGGACCUCUUCCGCUGGGCUGAACGGUAUCGACUCACCACUGACACUGCAGAGAAAUUCCACGACUGGGAACAGCACCUAGCGGACGAAGGCUACAUGCUGCUGGCUGGACGGGUGCGCAGGCCACAGGAAGCCGAGGUGAUAAUGCAGGUGCUGGAACAGAAGCUGAAGCGAAAGGUGGACCCAGAGAAGCUGUUUGCGGCAGACUCGCCUUACGCGAAGAUACCGAGUCCUGCCGGAGACACAGCGCUGCCGCAGCAGUUUCGCCACCUUGUGUGGACUUCGCAUGCUCGGAGAUUAGCUGUUCUUCUUGGUCGUGCCCUCCAUUUUGGGGAACCGGUUCUUCUGGUGGGGGAUACAGGUUGCGGCAAGACGACCACGUGCCAACUCUGGGCGGCCCUGAAGGAUCUCGUCCUGCACUGCGUCAACUGCCACAUGCACUCAGAGGCGGGAGACCUUCUCGGUGGACUGCGGCCCGCUCGAGGAAGCGAUGGGAAGUUGUUCGAGUGGGCUGAAGGUCCCCUGGUGACAGCUGUGCGUACGGGCCAGGCUUUUCUCUUGGACGAAAUUUCACUGGCUGACGACGCGGUGCUGGAACGACUCAACAGUCUCCUGGAGCCGCAGCGCACUCUGCUGUUGGCCGAGCAAAACGAGGCUCUCGUUGCUCAUCCCGAGUUCCGUUUCAUGGCGACGAUGAAUCCCGCUGGAGAUUUUGGCAAGAAAGAGCUGUCGCCAGCACUGCGUAACCGCUUCACAGAAAUCUGGUGCCCAAGCGACGCUUCCAUGUCUGACAUGUCUGCUAUUGUGGAGCACAACGUCUGCUCAGAUCUGGGAAAAGACAUUUGGGGACCACGUAUCGCAGACUUUGUGUCGUGGCUGGGACAGGAUGCCGCAGGCCGCAGGUGCGUUGUAAGCAUUCGUGACAUCUUAGCCUGGGUAGAAUUCAUGAACCUUGGUGCUGAGACCGCAACCGACGGAGAGACUUUGCUGAGCCCUGGGGCAGCAUACGUACAUGGUGCCUGUCUGGUCUUCUUAGAUGCCACUGGAGGAGCACCGGGUAGCUCCGAGCUGCGUGGCCGAGCACUAAAAUUUUUGGCGGCACAGCUGGGGGACGGAUAUGCGGACGUUCGCCAAGCUCUCGAUGAAACGGCUGAUGUCUGCAUUACAUGGGACGAGCAUGGACUGGCUGUAGGGCCUUUCUUACUUACACCGGGUACAGGGCAGCGUAGAAGCCCCGAGGAAGGCUACACCCUGCUGAAGGCUGGAACGCCAAGACGGAAUGCCCUGCGCCUGGCUAGAGCCAUGCAGCUGUGCAGGCCACUGCUGCUGGAAGGAGACCCUGGAGUUGGCAAGACCAGCUUAGUAACAACGCUGGCUGCUGCACUGGGACAUUCUGUGACUCGCAUCAACCUCUCCGAGCAUACUGACAUCCUGGACUUGUUUGGCGCAGACCUUCCAGUAGAAGGUGCUUCCGGUGGCCAGUUUGCUUGGAGGGAUGGACCUCUACUGCGUGCCCUCAAAGAAGGGCAUUGGAUACUUCUGGAUGAGCUGAACCUGGCAUCUCAGAGUGUACUGGAAGGCCUCAAUGCCUGCCUGGACCAUCGUGGGGAGGUCUUUGUGCCCGAAUUGAACCGCACUUUUCGAGUUAAAGCUGGACAGACGCGAAUCUUUGGUUGCCAGAACCCUCAUGCCCAGGGCGGAGGCCGCAAGGGUCUGCCGCGUUCUUUCCGCAAUCGUUUCACGCAGGUGCAUCUUGCCCCUCUGACACCGGACGACUACUUGGGAAUCCUUGGUGCCACGUGUCCAAGCCUUCCAGAUACCCUGCUCUCCUCUAUGGUGGAGUUCAAUUGGAGGUUGGUGACAGAGGUGUGCGAGAAAGGGACGUGGGGCUGCAGCGGAGGCCCCUGGCAGUUCAACCUACGCGACCUCUCACGAUGGGCCCAACUUACGACGGCUGCUCCCAACUCGGACCCAGCACUACACGUUGAACUGCUCUAUGCCAGUCGCAUGCGUUCUUCCGAAGACCGUCACAGGGUGCGCAAAAUCUUUGCUGAAGUGUUCGGCCGUGAAGCCGCGCAGCGUGGUCCCCAAGUGAUCCUGACGGAGACUCGACUGCACGUGGGCCUGGCACUGCUCCCACGUUUGGGCCCUCGCGAAGUGUCCGCAUUUCCUCGGGAGGAUCUCAGAGUGCUGCACCGACAAGCUAGUCUGCUUGAGGGGAUUGCACUGUGUUUAGAGCACAACCUGGUACCCCUCCUGGUGGGGCCUUCUGGUAAUGGCAAGGGCUCGGCGGUGCGUCUGCUGGCGCAUCUCAGCGGAAGGCCCCUUGCUCAGCUGCACGUGACUUCGGACAUGGACACGACAGAGCUUCUAGGUGGCUUUCAGCAGGUAGACUUAAACCUGCAGCUCUCAGAGCUGCUGCAGUGUGCUGUACGUGAGCUACAGGGACACCUACUGGCAAGUGUAGACUCAAGCAGUGAUGCUCUGCUGAGUGCAAGGCACCAAUUGCAAGAGGCUGCUCUCAGCAAAGAAGUUGAUGCCCCCGAUUUCUUGGCAAAAUUGGACCGACUUGAGAAACUUCUGCAGGGCCUACCUCUUCACGACAAGGGCUGGAAGAAAGAUGUCGUGAGCCAACUCGCGGUGCUUCGAGAAGCAGCACGCCGUGGAGGUGCGCUGAGUGGCGGAGGCCAGUUUGAGUGGCGAGAUGGUGUACUCGUCCGCAGUCUCCUGGAAGGAAGCUGGCUCCUUGUAGAAAAUGUCAACUUCUGCAGCGCUGCAGUGUUGGACCGUCUCAAUGGACUGCUGGAACCAGGUGGAGUACUGGCAAUGACUGAACAAGGUGUAGUCGGAGAAGCUCUGCGAGUCAUCGUUCCCCAUCCCGACUUCAGGCUCAUCCUGGCCAUGGACCCCAAAAACGGUGAAAUAUCGCAAGCAAUGCGCAAUCGCACUGUGGAGACCUUUGUUCCCGGUGAGGAGGACGGAGAGCCCUUGGACCCCUGGGAUGGUAUGGCCCUUGUAGCCACUGCAGGUCUCGCUCACACUGAAGCUUUGCACAGGGUCUUGUGCGCUCAUUCUGCAGUGCAACAAGUAAACUCUGGCUUCCAUCGACGCUCUCCCAGCCUGCUGGAACUGCACGCAGCACUGUCGCUGGCGGCUCAACGAAUAGGCCGCGGUUGUUCUGUGGCGGAUGCUCUGCGACAGAGCAUGCAAGACAUCUAUGUUUCAAAUCUACCUUCUAGAGAUGCUGAGAGGAUACAGCUGGCACUGGAAGAAGCCCUCGAGGGAACUGAAGCAUGCCAAGUGCAGGCGGAGAUUCGUUCCCUUAUAUCUGCAGUGACCUCUGCACCGCUGUCCACGCGCAUCCUUCACUACACGCUGGCACAAGUCCAGGAAGACUCGCUCCCUCUCUGUGCAGCUCUUGUCAACAACACUGCUAGUGAGCUCCUACCUGUAACACUGCCAUCAAGCCCUGUGGGUCUGUCAUUCAGCCUCUUAUCUGUGGCAGCAAGGCUGUUCUUGGAACGAGCUUCGGCAAAAGAUCUCGAAGCACGACUUGGAUGGAUGGAUCACUUGCUGUCAAAGUUCCCUGAACAGGGUCAUUGGGUGUACAUGCUAGGGAGGUGCCUCUCGGAGGCAUUGGCAGGUUGUGUUCAGCAAUUGAGCGACAGUGCUGUGUUGCACAGGUUAGAACUGGAAGAACUCCCGAUAGACCUGUACCAGUGUCCCGAGGUGAGGUCCCGCUGGUCAGCAGAAGCGCAGCAAGUCAGUUCAUCAUCACUAGGUGUUCAAGAAGAGGCAGUGGUAGAGAUGGCUUUCAGAGUCCAGUUGGCUCUUCGCCAUGCUGAACUGGUGGCCCUCCAAGAGAAAAAUCUCCCCAAGGAUGGAUCACUGCUAUGGGCAUCGAUCUACAAAAAGCACGAAGCCCACCCUGCUAUCAGUCACCUGGAGCCAUUGCUCAAGACGCUGCAGGUCGCCCUGGACUCUUGGCUCACUUCCACGAGCAUUGGGUCAGCUGAGAUUUACAGAAAUGCAAAGGCUGCACUGUGGUGCUUCCACAGCUGGGUGACGGCAUGCACCACCCUGCGCGAGGCCGAGCCGUGGCUCGGCAGUUUAGCAGUGCACUGGGCGUGGCUUCGCAAAUCUACCCUGAACCAGUUGUACCCGGAAGGACAGCUUCCAUCAGAGCUGGCUGCGGUGGUAGCUCGCCUGGAAGCUGACCUCGCUGCAGAACUCGUUCCAUGUUUGCGCACUCAAGUUGGGCGACGUUUGGGGCUUCCUAGGCCACUGCGGGACCCUGAGUGUCUAGCUGUCUACGAAAUGGCCUGCAGGCUGUCUCAGCAGUGCUUGAACCUGAUGAGAGGCCACCCUGCCACAGUGGAGGUCAUGCUUGAGAAGGGCCCACCCUGGCUGGCGGCACUAGGCAGCUGUCUGGGAGCAACUUUAGGAGGGCAGCUUCCUUCUGUGGAUCUGGCCUCGAUGCAAGCUGACAUGGAUGCAUUGCAAAAGACAGAUUACGAAGAUGAAAACCCACUAGUCCGGCCACCUCGAGACGACCUCUGCCCCAGACGUCACUUGGAACCCCUAUGUGCCUUCGUAUUCUCCAUUGUCGAAGCAGAGGUCCUGAGGUGUCACCUGUUACCUGGGAAUUGUGAAGCUCGUUACGACCCCUUGGUGUGCUCUACUUUACACCCAUUGCACCAGAUGGCGUUAGACGUGUCAAAAAUGGAGGGCAUUUACAAGGGCGGGCUGUCCGUGCUUCUGUGUGAGCACCUGUCGCACCAAAGGACCUUCCUGAGACAUUCAGAGGAAGCUAUGACCUGGAAACCGCCUUGCUACGUCAGCGAACCGCCUUGUCUUGUGACCGAACCAAAAUUACAGGAUCACCUCGUCUAUCUCAACCCCACGGUUACAUCCAUGUCCUGCAUGUUGGCCGUGCUCAUUGUGGAAGAAUCGUCGUCUAGUUCGGCAGCGCUCGGUUCAUCCCCGUUCAAGUGCCAGGAGGCCGACCAGCAGAAGGCAAUUCUCUGGCGUUGCGGAGGACGUCUGUUUGACUCGUCUCGUUUCUGGACCGUUCAAGCAGACGUCCUGCGCGGAUGGUUCCGCAAGCUUGUAUCGAGCGUGCCCGGUUUUCCCGACGGCGUGGAUCCCGUGACGGCACCGUGGGAGAGCUGGGGCAGCAGUCUGGACGUUCAGCAGAAGACCUCGCUGGACAUGUUGCGAGAAGCAGCAUCUCGAGUGAGCUCCCUCCAUGAGGAAGACUCCAACGAGUUCGCUGUUGGAACGGCAUGGGCUCUGGUGGGACUGAGCACGCUGACUCUGAUGGUACCUUGGGAGCCCCUGGACCCAGCUCAUAAGGUGGAACUCAAGUUAGGCUACACCACACAGCAGCUGAACCAGAUCCAAGAAGAGUUGUCUCUGAGGAGUUGGGCAUGGGAAGCACGCACCGGCCGUCCCUGGGAUUCUGGCACACACCCAGCUCUGUCCUGCGAAGCGCACGAGCGGGACCGGCUGCAGCGGCGAGCGUUGGACCUGCGGAGCAAGGUGGCCAGCAGGCCCAAGGUGUCUCAGUAUUUGGAGCUCGCUCGUCAACUGCGCCACCACUCGUCAACCAUGGGUAGCUUGGACCGCGUUCGGGGACUGCUGGAUGGCUUACGAGCUGCCUGGGAAGCGGGAGAAGCCCCCGCACCCAACGUGGCCUCGUGGCUGAGAUCGCAGGUGGAGUUUGCGGACAGGCUGAGGCUCACGUUUCCUGCGUACCGUGACAUUUUCUACCCUUUCCUCUGUGGUCUGAACCAGCUCAUUCAUGGCAUGCAGAUACUGUGCCAUCUAGUCCAUGCUAAACACAAACUUUCUUCGAUCCCUGGUUGUAACCAACUUGUGGGAUCCACAUUCGCGUUUCCCUGCGAGAGCCAUCCCGCAUCGCAGCUGAUCACCGAGCCCGGAAUGGAAAUUCUGUUGUCUACGAACAGGAAGUCUGCUCAGAGAUGGCUGAAGGCCACGCUGUUGCAGCUGCUCGACGGAUGUCUUCUAGAUCAUAGUCUUGGGACCGAGUGGUUUGCAGCAUUGCAUCCCCUCCUGGCUCACGUCUCGAGUGUCUGGGGAGCUCACCAGGAGGAGCUACGACAGAAGGAGGAAGCAGAAAGGAGCCUCUACGAAUACCGUCACACGGCACCAGAGGAAGAAGACUAUCACAAGCACUUCCCCAGCUAUGCUCAGGACUUUGAAGACCUGGCAGAACGUAAUCUGCUGGAUGACCAAGUGAAGCCCCCUGAGAAGCCCAUGGCAGAGGAUGAAAAGGCUGCUCAGGCUGAACUGCUGCAACAAGACCUGGUGGACGUCUGGAGAUGGCACGGCUGCAUCGUUUCCCGCUUGGCGCGUAGCACCGCGCUGAUCCUCCCGGUUCGGGACUUCGGUGCCGGUACAACAACUGGGAGAGGUCACAUGGCCUGGUUCCUCCUUCGGUACAGGGUCCUUCAAGACGUGAUGCGAGAAUUCGGGCAUGUCCUGGAUUCCUCAUUGGACAAGAAGCUUCUGGGUAGCAACCUCGUGGCCGCGUCAUCAUUCCAGUGGGCUCAGCAGCAAGUUCCAUCAGCAACCAACUACGACUUCUACAAGGAUGCCAACGUGGCAGAGACGAGCCGUUGCACUCCGGUUUUGAACCGAUUGGCCACCAGGGUGCGCUCCUUGCUGCAGGAGUUCCCUGACCAUCCCGGACUGUGCCAGAUUCUGAAGAUCUGCUACCGCAUCCUCGGCUUCUCUGUGGGUAGCUCUGUCAUGAAGGUCCUCACAGGCCUUGAGCUCGUACUUAGUACUGCACAGGACUGGGAGACAAAUGCCCAUCGUGGCGUGACUCUGAGAGCAGAACUGGAUGAGCUGACGGCGCUGAUAAUCCAUUUCCGCAAACUGGAGCUCGGGUGUUGGUCCGGGUGUCUGGACACCGUAGCUCGGCGGCGGCAUGAGUCCAACGCGUCGUGGUGGUGCUACCUACACGACGUUCUUGCACCUUUGCUCCUGGGCUCCCUCGAAAACCAGUCCGAACUGGACGACGCACGGACAAAACUUUUAGGCGAGCUCUUGCAACUCCUGGAGCAGUCCCAUCUGGGAGAUUUCGAGGCACGCCUCCAACUUGUCGCCACCUUCCUCUGUCACGUCCUGUCGGCACAACCCACCAGAAACUCCAGGUCAAUGGCAAGCCUGCUGUACAACGUGUACCAUUUCUACCGGCAGUACCUGCAAGCAAUCAGGGCCAAACUGGAAGCAGACCGCAAGCCCAUUGAAAAAGAUCUGAAGGAAUUCGUCAAGAUCGUUCGCUGGAAGGACGUCAGCUUCUGGGCAGUGAAACAGACGAUAGAGAAGUCUCACAAGACGUUGCACAGGCACAUGAAGAGCUUUGAGAAAGUCUUGGAACAGCGAGCCAGUGAUGCAUUCAUAAUCCAGCAGAAUGAUGAGGAUGACGUAUGGGAAGAUCCAAAGCAGACGUUUCAAAUACUCAGCGCACACACAGAGAUCACUUGCACCAGCAAACGUCUAACCACAAUGAAGCAGCUCCUGGAGGCGGUACUUCCUCACAGGCAACAUUGGGACAUGGCAGCUGCUGUCGAUCAAGUGGCUUGUGAAGUGGUCUCAACAGUCAAGGAGUUUGCAAAAGAUGACGAAGUCGAGGAACCAGAUAAAGAAAAACGGAAGAAAAAUGCUCGCUUGAUGCACCAGUGCAAGCGCAAGGCCCUCACGGAUCUCUUCAAGGCCCUGACAACUAUGGGCCUGUCGUACCGCAAGGGCCUCGUAGCACAUAAAGAAGUGGGUCCACGUACAAUGCUGGCGGCACCAGCUGCAGACGUCGAGGGGUCUCUCCUUCAAGUAGGGAAUGCUCCUAAGGCCCUCGUAGAUGGCUGCCACAAGUACUACUUCAGAAGUGUGGCACAACUAGCUGCUUUUGAACGUGCUGCUGCAGCACCGAGUAAGGAACUGGAGCUGGGCGCACUUGAAAGAUGCAAGGGUUUCUCCCUCCACCUUGCCGCUCUAGUCCUGUCCCAGAGGAAGAGCCUCUGUCGCAGUCUUCGGGACAUGGUUCAUCUCAGGAACGUCCUGUCAAGCUUGGCACGCGUGAAGGACGACCCGCUGCCCUCGCAGCAGUACUUGCAUGAGUGGACCCAACGUGUGAACGAAGUUCUACUGAAGAGUACAUUGCUCCUGGAACAGUUCGAGCUCCUGCUGCGUAGCUGCCCACCGGCGUCCCAGCCCGUACCACCCUGGUUGCCUGGAGGAGGUGCUGAACUGGAAAACGCUUCUUACGGAGAUCCUGUCUGGACACGGAUUUCAGAGACCGUAGCUUCCCAGUUAAGAGUCCUCGAAGCGCAGUCGCAGCUCCUGGAACCACUUCAUACUCAAGAGUUAAAAGGAAGGGCAGCCGUUGACACAUUGCAGAGCAUUGUUGACAAACUGUCUCAAGUAGCCGCUGAAAUGGAGCAAGUGCAAGCUGCCUGUGGACCAGCCCUGGGUGGGUCCCUCGGGUCACUGGUGGAGUUGCUGGAAAGUGUGUGCCGCCAAUGGGAGCCGUCGUUGGCAGUGCAGGAGGCAUCGAAUGAAGCAGAGCAGACGCGCGUAGCUGAUGCACAGGGCAGUCUUGUAGCACGCCUGCUGUUGGCAGUCCAGGAGGUACAUGCAGCCCUGCAGCAGGGGUCAUGUGGUAGCUCUAAAGAAGUAUCGGAGAGCACCUCCAUAGAGCCUGCGCCUGAAACAGCUAUUGUUGACCCGAAGAACGUUCCAGAAGACGAACAUCAAGUCGACAGACAAGAAGAAAGCAUUCCACAUGGUUGUCUCACACAAGAAUCUCUAGAAAAGGCUCUGAACUGUUUGGCUCUCAAGCAAGUCUCCGUGCAUGCAAGCCGUUUCAUCCAGGAACUGACUUCAUCAGGCCAAAGGGUUGACAGGGUGACGAUCGCACUUCUGGAGGAGUACCUCACGGGUGCUGCGCAGCAAAUAUUGCAGGUCCAGCUUCUGGCACACAGAGCCACUCUCAAGCUACUGUACGUGCUGCUCUCCGUAUUCACAUCACUAGCGACGAAGGGCUUCUGCUUACCGGAGGAGUUCAAGGAAGAGCUGCUGAAGGAAGGGGCUUCGGAGUUCCAAGACAUCGAGGAAGGCGGCUUGGGAGAGGGCGAAGGCGCGAAAGACGUCAGCGAUCGUCUGGAAUCUGAAGACCAGCUGGAGGGCACGCAAGGCGAGAAGGAGGAGAAACGCGACUCUAAGGAAGAAGAGCACGGAGUAGAGAUGUCGGAGGACUUCGCAGCAGACGCCAAGGCACCGGAGCAGCAAGAGGACCAAGAAAAUAACGAAGACGAUGGUGACGACAGGGAUGAGGACGAGUUAGAGGACCAGAUGGGUGAGGUUGAAGAUGACGCUGCUGAAAAGCUUGACAAGCAGUUAUGGGAAAGUGAAGGGGAAGAGGAGGAGGAAGAGAACGAAGCAGACGGAGGAGGUCAGGACCAAACGCAGGAGGAACAGUUGAAGGCCAAGGAAGGGCUCAAAGACCGAGAAAAGGAUCCCUCGAGGAGAGAAAAGGAGACGAUUCCGAAGGAUGAGGCAGAUCCGUUCAACGAGGAGGAAGGGGAUCAAGAUGAGUAUCAAGGAGAGCGGGAGGAUCCUUACAAGACACAACAAGAACAGGAACAGGCUCCAGAGCCGAUGGAACUCCCUGAUGACAUUCAACUAGAUGAUGAUGAGGCCAUGGAUGAUGACGACGACGGUACACUUCCUGGAGAAGAAGAGAAGGGCGAGGAAGACGGAAAGGAAGAGCUGCCCGAAGAAGAAGGUGCGAAUGAAGAAGGUGAGGAGGAAGAUGAGAAAGGGACUAAGGAAGGAAAUGAGUUCCAAAAAGUGGAUGAGCCACAGGAGAUGGAAGAAGAAGGGCAGGAGAAACAGGAGGUUCCUGAUGAGGAAGGGAACCAACCAGAGAAGCAACAAGAAGACGCUGCGCAGCACAGCGCUCGAGAAACCAGUGCUGGACAGGAAGCCACGCAGGCACCUUGCGGUAUGUCAACAUCAACGGGGGAGGAGAACGUCCAAAGCGGCGAGCAAGGGAGCGGAUCCCAGGAGGACCACACGGGUCGUGCCUCUACCGCAGACCAAGGUCAGUUAGGAAACCAGACAAGCCAGGCCGAAGAGAAAGGCCCCGCUCAGCCGCAGAAGAAGCGGUCCAUGUUACAGGGCUCCGAGGACCGAGCCCUGGCAGACGACCCGAAACAACCGGCACGCCGCAGGAACUUGGUACAAGGCGACGCAGGCGAAGAGAAAGCCAACGCUGAGCUUUUCAGACACGUUCGGGAAGAGGAGGAGACCGACGGUGAGGUUGCCCUCUCCGUUGCCACAGAAUCCCAGGCGCAGAACAGGUGGGCUGAAGAUGAAGACACGGAGACCGAAGAUUUUCCUAUGCUAGAGGACGAGAAUGAGGAGACGAAGGAACAGAACCAGAAGCCGGUAGAUGCAAGCGGCAACGCAGCCUCUACGAAAGAGACGAAGGAGAAAGAAGAGGAAGAGGCACCAAUGGAGAUAGAAGGAGAGGAAGUUCUCACUGCCAAGGUGGAAAGGGGAAACGAAAGCAGCUUCUUCUCCCGCCCCGAGCUGCUGCAGGCAACCAGCCGGACGGAGGAAGCUGUCUCGCAGGGCGAGCUGCCUCCUCCGGUGGCUCCAUCCAGUACAGAUGCAGCAAGGGAGGCCUGGGAGGAUGCUGAACGAGCUGUAGCUCCUCUUGUGCAAGAACUUUGCGAGCAGCUGAGGUUGGUGCUCGAACCCACAAAGGCCUCUAAGCUACGAGGAGACUUUCGCACGGGCAAACGUCUCAACAUGCGUAAGGUGAUAGCGUACAUCGCCAGCCAGUUUCGAAAGGACAAGAUCUGGCUCCGUCGCACGCGUCCAUCGCGACGUCACUACCACGUCGUGCUGGCCGUCGACGAUUCCCGCAGCAUGGGAGCGACGGGUUGCGGACCAUUGGCCCUGCAGUCUCUGGCCCUCCUGGCCCAGUCCCUGCAGCUCCUGGAAGCCGGAGACCUGGCCCUGCUGAGCUUCGGAGAGCAGGUACGGCUCCUGCAUCCGCUCGGACGGCCCUGGACGACGGAGGCCGGAGCAGCUGCCGCGGCGGCGCUCAACUUCGAACAGGAGAGGACGCGUGUGGGGCCCCUGUUGAGGGCUGCGCAGGCGGUUCUGGAAGACGGGGCUCCGGGGGCGAGGCUGCUGCUCAUCGUAUCGGACGGUCGGGGCCUGCGGAGCGAAGGGGACGAAGGUGCUGCCGUACGGGAGGCCCUCUCCAAGGGUAUCUUCAUGGUCUUUCUUGUCCUGGACAACCCUAAUUCCAAAGAUUCGAUUCUGGACAUUCGCAUGCCAGUGUUCCGACCCUCUGGAGAGGUGGAAAUUCUAAGCUACAUGGAGCAGUUCCCUUUCCCUUUCUACGUCAUACUGAGGGACGUUGCGGGGAUGCCGACGGUGCUAGGCGAGGCUCUACGCCAGUGGUUGGAGUUGGUGUCAAAUGACUAAGAUAGAGUGCUAGGGUGGAAACCAUUUAGGUCAAUUGUUUUGUCAAAUGUUUGUUGUACAGUGUACAGCAUAUGGAUUAACUGUUGUGUACAUGUUGGUUUGCAACUGUUGGCAUUUUUUUAAGAAGGAUGUUGGAUAAAACGAGACUUUUAUCUUU